UUCACAGAAAUGGCGGUUUUUCUCACCGUUCAUUCUCACAUUUCAUCUUUUUUACGUUCAUUGACAUUAGUACCAAAAAGGGAAAGGCACCAUGAUGGAUGAACCGAAUUCUUCGUUUGAUUACAUGAUCAAGCAGGCAACAAGCUCUGUGAUGGAGCGGUCCAGAAGCGAGGCUAGUAGCACCAAGGGUUUGACUUCUCCUGGAAAGGCAACGUCGCUUGCAAGCGGUCUGGUAACACCGAGGCGAGUACGCUCCUCUGGGAGCACCAUUUCCCAAGUGGACUAUGCCAUCUUUGACAAAUACUCUGUUAGCAUUGACGCUCACGAUGACAGCCAUGACGUAUGUCAGGAUAUGCCCGUCGAUAAGACUGACGAUGCCGUGUUGGUACCCAAUAGCAGUCCUGAGGUGAACAGCAGCGUCGACAGGGAUAGCAUUAAUGGCGAUGGUAGCAUUGUUGACAAGGAUAACAUCAUAGAUGGAGACCUUGACAGUGACAUUGAGGAUGGAGUGAAGGCGAUUGAAACCUGUACGACAAAUGAGAGCAACGAAAACGAGCAUACAAAGGAAAAACCCGAGGAAGAAGCAAAAGAAAGCACACCUCGUCCGAGGAGGCCACGUCGACCAACCAUUCGCACCGUUUGGUUGCUGUGGUGCUUUGUCUUGGCGGUGUUGAUCUUGGCAGCGGCGAUUGCCGUCAUUACCGCCUUGGGGUUUUCUGGCGAAAAAGCUUCCACCGCUACCGAUAGCAGCUCCUCCGCCAAUAACUCUGACUUGACCAUCACAAUAGACACCGGAACAGUGGUUGUGCUAGCAACACCAGAGUCUCAAAGUCCCAGUAGCACCCAAAUGCCUUCAACCUUGGUGCCCACUUCGGCCUAUCCCUCAGAAGUUCCAAGUGUGUCGCCGUCUGCAGCACCGACCACUUCGGCCAUGCCUUCGGAUUUGCCCUCGGAUGUGCCAUCAAUUGUCCCCACACAGAUCCCCAGUGUUGCUCCAACAAUGGCACCAACGGUCUCACCCCAACCAACAGGGAGCCCAUCUUUUCAACCAUCGGAUAUUCCUUCCGACGUCCCCAGUGACGUCCCGAGCAACGUUCCAAGUGAUAUGCCCAGCGAAGUCCCAUCGUUCCUUCCCAGUGCUUCUCCAUCUUACUUACCCUCCAGUGCUCCUACCCAACAUCCAACUACUGCAGCGCCCACAGUCUCGGCAGCUCCAACUUUUGCUAUUCACAUUACUUUGACCGAACUAUUGAUGAACGUGGCGGAUAUACCGUUAGAAGUAUUGGAUGAUCCAAUGACUCCACAAGGACGGGCGUUGCAGUGGAUGGCCACUGAAGAUCAAGUCGUCCUGCAGCUAUUUGAAGAGUCCGCGGAGCUUGCCGCUGUCGACACGAUCGUGGAUGAAUUUCUCACUGUUGCUACAGAUGACAAUUCUACUACAGCCAACUCGACCACUGUUGUGCUCCCUCCUCCAUCCAGUAGCACACCUGCACCACAAAUCCUUCUGCAUUUGCCUCAACGCUUUGCCAUCAUUGCCUUGGACUUUAGUCUGCAUGCCGAUUCAGGUUCCUAUUGGAGCUUCCCAAGGCUACAUGAAUGUCAGUUUCCUGGAGUGACAUGUGACCGUAGUGAAGAAGUCAUUGGCAUCAACUGGGCUAGGCAGAAUCUGACAGGCUAUGUAGUGCCAGAGAUCUCGCUCUUGACCGAGCUUGAAACCUUGGACUUGGCUCAAAACCAACUGACUGGAUUCCUAGAUCCCUUUUGGAGUCUUCCCAAGCUCAAGACACUGUACUUGUUUGAAAACCAAUUCUUUGGUUCCAUUGGGCCAGAGAUUGGUAACAUGUACAGUUUGGAGCAACUCUACUUGGGAAACUGCGACUUGACAGGCAGUCUACCAGAGGAGCUUUUCGACUUGGGCGAUCUGAGGUAUCUGAUCUUGUCGUACAAUGACUUCACCGGGACACUUCCAGAUAGAAUUCGCAUGACAGAUAUGUACUAUUGGGAUCUGUCUCACACUAGAAUCAAUGGGACACUGCCGUCAACUAUGAUCAUGCCUAGUUUGAGGCACUUUCACAUGGAUAACGCUCUUUUGACAGGCAGCAUUCCAAAUGAUUACGCCAACUUGGGGUCAAAUCGUCUUUUUCAGUUUUACCUGAAUGACAACCAGCUUACUGGAGCCUUUCCAACAGGAUGGCACACAAAGCUUCCCCACAAGCACUUGACCAAUGUCGAUAUUUCGAAUAACCAGCUGUCAGUUCCAUUGCCAUCAUCAAUUUGCAUGUUGACCGUUUAUGAGGAGGGAGAAACGGUGGAGUUCAGGGCUGAUUGUGACAUUUGUGUAUGUGGUCGGCUCUGCUAUCGAUGGUGCGAUGAAAGAUUUCAGUAGAGUCCUAGAGAUGUCGAGGUACAAAAAUAUCAGUACCAUACUUUGCAUGAUGGCGGUCUUGGACGAACAAUUAGAGUUCCAUGCAAUACACUGUACUCAUUUCAAUAAAACAGUAGCCGACAAAAUUAUGUUGUG